GGUUGCGUCAGGUUGAUCCAUUGAUGCCAUGUUUUCUUGGUCUCAAAGGCUUUAUAUAAGAUCUAACUUCCCUGAAUUAUUCAAACAACUAUUUGGGAAGGGAAGGACUUCUUUAAACUCUCCGGAGAUGUCGACUAUGGCUGAAAUUAUAAAGAUUGACAGAGCAGAGGCUGAAUCUCAGGCACACUUAGCUGCAGAUAGUUUGAAAGCCAGUCAUGUGAUAGCUGUGCCAACAGACACGAUCUAUGGGGUAGCGGCUCUGGCGCAGGAUUCUGGAGCCAUCACAAAACUGUUCAAUGUGAAAAGAAGAAACAUCUCUAAGGCAGUUGCCAUUAGUGUGGGAGAUAUUGACGAUGUCUACAAAUGGGGUAAGGUGACUGUCAGCAGAGAGUUGUUACAUGAUUUGCUGCCUGGACCAGUCACCCUGGUGUUCCAACGUACACCUGAGCUAAACCCAGCACUUAAUGAGGGGACGUCGUCUGUGGGAAUCCGCAUACCAGACUACGACUUCGUGAGGAGUCUGGCCAGGUCAUGUGACGGACCGAUAGCCUUGACAAGUGCUAAUAUCACAUCAGAGCAGAGCCCAUUAUGUAUACAGGAGUUUAAGUGUCUGUGGCCACAACUCCACCUGGUUUUUGAUGGGGGUCAGUUAGGGAACACUCCUGAGUCCAGGUUUGGGUCCACAGUGAUUGACUUGACAAAACUUGGCCAAUUCAGGAUCAUCAGAGAAGGAAGUGCUUUCAAGCCGACUGUUGAUUUACUAUUGAACAAACACAACUUGAAAGAAGCAAAGAGUUGAUGAAAUGAUUAUAUGGCCUGUACAGUCAAAGUCAUUAGUUAAUAUGGAUUCAUGAUUAUUUCAAUUAUUAUUUUAAGGAAACAAAUACAACUCAUUUAUAUAAAAAAAAAACGCUUUUCAUUUUUUAAAUAUGGUUAUGAGUGGGGGGGGCGGUGUUAUUAACAACUAUGUUUUAUGUCAAAGUGGAAAGCUUUCUUCACAUGCUUGGAGUAUGUAACUAAAGCCCCAAAACAACCGUGGUGACUAGAUAUUUCGUUUGGAACACAAAAUAUGAUGAGAGGAGAAUAAACGGUUCUUGAACUAAUAGUGUCAAAUCUUCCACUGUUGAUAUAUUCUAUGUUUAUAACUCAAGUUUACCAAAUUCUACAAUUAUAAGAUAGGUCUAUAUGCCCAAAGAUAAGACAGUCAUAAUAAAGCGGUACCCAGUUAGAAAAACCUUAAAAUGAUAGCUUCAUUUGUUCGUUGAAUGUUUCAAAAUAUGGAAACCGAGGUAAAGAAACAAACCGAAUAAAUGCACCGUUUUAAACUGUCCGCGAUAAAUUCACAUUAAAAAUCAACACCAAUGGCAAUGGCUGUUCAACUCGCUAGCGAGUAGUUAGCAUGCGUUCAAAAAAAAAAAAAAAAAAAAAAUCAGAAACAAACACACCGCGUAUGACUGCGUGGGCAUGUGUGUAGGCUGCCUAUUUUCACCUUGGAAGUUUGAUUACAACACCCUCCCGAUUACAGCACUCUCCCGACCAACGGCAGGGUCAGGAACUCUCUGAUUUUAUAGCUUCCUCUUUUCUUGUGAAAUAAGACAAAGAUUAUUCACAUAGCUAAUGCCUGCUCACGAGUAACUUGGGCUAACUGUUGUUACCUGUAAAAAUAAGAAAAGUCGAAAAAAGAAAUGGUUGGUGAAAUGAUAAUUUAUGAAGUAAAACAUUUGCACAGGUAGAAAUAUGAGUCUGUAUACUUAAUCCAAAGACGAGAAAUCAAUUUGAACGGAGUUUGUACGAAACACUUGUAUAAUUGGUGGACCAUACGAGUGCAGUGCUGUUUAUAUUUGUUCUCAGCGGACUGAAACUACUUUUACGAAGAAACAUUUUGCAUCUGACAAGUCAAAAUAUAUGUUGCCUGAUGUUAUGAGCCAUGUGUUUGUGUUAUUAAAAUAUCAAAUUCUUACAUACAUUGUGGUAAUUUGACACUAGCUUGGAUAUAAACUAUAGUAUUUACUAGUUUUAUUAUUGAUAUAAAGGUGAAAUGUCAGGAUUUCCUUCACUGAUAAAAGUGAUAUCUGACUGGGUAGAGUUAGAAAUAUUUUGUUUUAUGACGUUCCAGUCCAAGCUUAGCAGAAUGACAUCAUAUUAUGUUAACACAAGUUCAGACAACUAACAUUUCUUAUGUCACUUAUCAAGACAAGACGUCAUGCGUGACGUCAUGCUAUAUACACAAGUCUCUGAAGGUCUACAGCCAGAAAUUGUCAAAAUAUAAAUAAUAAAUAGAAUAUUGCACAGUGAAGAUUUUUCUUGUGAAAAGUGGAAAUGAUAACCCACUAGACGCUUUGCGUCUCGUAGAUUAUUAUUUUCAUCUUUAACUCGAAAAAUAUUUAUGAUAUUCAGCGUUCAUAGUGCAAUAUCCUCUGUUUACUUAAUUACAUUCUGCUAUUUCUAGACGCAGUACUAUCCUCACAGUAUCAAACCAGAUACUACAUGUAUUGCUAUGCUUUUACAGCGCUCUGUGCAAGGUACUGUGAACGUAGGCACAUUAUAUGCAUGGGGUUUGACUUGAUAACAUGAAAAUGAUUCAAUAUGUGCCGAUUGACAUCUGACAGGGUAGUCAUGAAAAAAAAAAAAAUUCCCGAAUUGUCAGAAAUAUAUGUUUUAGUCAUGAGUUAUCAUUUUAAAAGUCAUUUUGUGAAAGUCAUGAAUUGUCUUUCGUGAGAGUAUGUGUACAUGUAUGUAACAGUGUUAGUAUUGUGACAUACAGAGCAUACAUGUGCUCCGGUCAUCAGUCGAUUUUUGUUUCUUAAUUAUUUCAUUCCGAUUGUGAAUGUAGCCCCACCAACAAAAUGUGCGGAGAACAAUGUUGUCUUUAUUGGUGAGCUGUUUUUCACAUGUUUUGAUUGGAACUUUCCUGAUGCAAGAAGUUAAAAGGCCGCUGUUGUCGAAUACGAUUGUUUUAUUCACAUGGUGACUUAUUAGAGCCUCAUGAUGGCUUAUUAGAACCUCACGAUUGCUUAUUAGAACCUCACGAUUGCUUACUGGAACCUCAUGAUUGCUUGUUUGAAAAGUGUUUCCAGGUUCCAGCGGUGAUGAAUGAUGUUAUGUUCUACUCAUGAUUGUGAGUUUCACUAUAGCAACAAAUCUUUCAUACAUUAGCAGCACCGGUAUAUGCGUUCAAGAAUCUCAAGGCCCUUAUGCAUGUUAGUUUCUUACCAUUGCAUCCUUAAAACAGUCAUUUAACCUUGUGGAAUAACAAUAAAUAAAAACAUUCCAUGAUGUUAAAUUAUUAAGAGUGCAGAUGUUUUUGGGGUUUUUUUUUUCAAAUUUUAGAUGAGAUUUUGUCCACUUUACUGUUUUUAUAUUUGGCGUAAUGCACAUAUAUAAACCGAAAUGUCUGGAUAACACAUCUAUUGAUGAGUUAUUUGGUAUAUUAAACGUUUUAUCGUGAAAAAA